AUGGAGCGAAAUGAGAAGCAAUUGAAUGAAGGCGAGGCGGCGCAGAUCGACACCAGCCAGGGCUCGUCCACGCUCGAGCACUUCUUCCAGGAGACCCCCAUCACGCUGGCAGACAUUCGAUCUACGCUCAUUCGCUUGGAGGAGACCAUCAUCUUCGCUCUCAUCGAACGCGCCCAAUUCCGCGCCAAUCCGGCCGUCUACCGCAAGGAUGAGGAAACGGAAGUGCGCCAAAAGGGCAAGAGCUUCCUCGACGUCUUCUUUGGGCAGAUCGAGAAGGCCCAUUCGCUGAUGCGACGCUACACGAGCCCAGACGAGCAUCCGUUCUACCCCGAGGAGCUCGAGCGGCCGAUCCUGCCCCUACUCAACUACUCGGCCAUCAUUCGCCCCAACAACAUCAAUCUCAACCCCAAGGCAGGCACCCUCUUCCCCUCUCUUUCUCUUUCAGUCUGCACCAUGCACCACGCUGCGCGAUCGUGGGGAUGGUUAAUCGACACCAGCCAGGGCUCGUCCACGCUCGAGCACUUCUUCCAGGAGACCCCCAUCACGCUGGCAGACAUUCGAUCUACGCUCAUUCGCUUGGAGGAGACCAUCAUCUUCGCUCUCAUCGAACGCGCCCAAUUCCGCGCCAAUCCGGCCGUCUACCGCAAGGAUGAGGAAACGGAAGUGCGCCAAAAGGGCAAGAGCUUCCUCGACGUCUUCUUUGGGCAGAUCGAGAAGGCCCAUUCGCUGAUGCGACGCUACACGAGCCCAGACGAGCAUCCGUUCUACCCCGAGGAGCUCGAGCGGCCGAUCCUGCCCCUACUCAACUACUCGGCCAUCAUUCGCCCCAACAACAUCAAUCUCAACCCCAAGGCAGGCACCCUCUUCCCCUCUCUUUCUCUUUCAGUCUGCACCAUGCACCACGCUGCGCGAUCGUGGGGAUGGUUAAUCAUGCGGCUGUACCUGGAGCGCAUCGUGCCGGUGAUCUGCGAAGCGGGCAACGACAAUCGCGAAUACGGCAGCUCCGCCAACGCGGACAUCAACGCGCUUCAAGCCAUAUCGAAGCGCAUCCACUACGGCAAGUUCGUGGCCGAGAUCAAGUUUCAGCAGGAGAAGGAGAAGUACUCGACGCUCAUCCGCGAGAAGGACACCGACGGCAUCAUGAACCUGCUCACCCACCCGGAGGUCGAGAAGAAGGUGCUGGCUCGAGUUCGAGCCAAGAGUUCCGCCUACGGCCGCGACAUCAGCGAAGACACGGCGUCGGCCGACGCCUCCGCCGACAGGUACAAGGUGGAUCCUGACGCGAUCAUGGGCAUCUACAGAGACUACGUGAUUCCCCUCACCAAGGAGGUCGAGGUCGACUAUCUGCUGCAGCGACUCAGCCCCGUGAGCGUGGCGUUCCUGGGUCCCAAGGCCAGCUACAGCCAUCAGGCCGCCCUUAAGUACUUCAAGGAGGGAACGCCCGAGCUGCUCGAAUGCGCCACCUUCUCCGAGGUGUUCCAAUCGGUGCUCUCCAACAAGACCAGCUUCGGCAUCGUACCGAUCGAAAACUCCACCACCGGUCGCGUGCACCAGGCGUUGGCCAACUUUUUCGACACGAGCGCCAAGGUGUGCGGCGAGACCUACCUGAAGGUCUCCCACGCGUUCCUGCUGCACGAAAAGGCGCUGGCGGCCUACGAGGCGGCCGAGCGGGACGGCAAGGGCGCGCAGAAGGUGGGCCGGCUCUACAGCCACCCGCAGGUGUUCGACCAGUCGCGCAAGUGGAUCGAGGAGACCUUCCCCGGCGCCACUUGCGUGUCUGUCUCGUCAUCAUCGCAGGCUGCGAAGCUCGUCAGCGAGGAAGCGGGGGAGGAGACGGACGGCAAGGUCAGCGGAGCGUUGGGCAGUUCGCUCCUCGCCGGCGAGUACGGCCUCAAGAUCGUGCGCAAGGACAUUCAAGACGACCCAAACAACACGACUCGCUUCCUGGUGAUCGCCAAGACAUUCACCGGACCAUCAGGGAAGGACAAAACACUCCUCACCUUCGGCCUGAAGCACAUGGUGGGUUCCCUUUCGUCCGCGCUCACCAUCUUCUCGAAGCAUGGGAUCAACAUGAGCGGGAUCGAGUCGUACCCCAACAAGGCCGAGAUCUGGUCGUACAACUUCCUCGUGGAGCUCGAGGGCCACGUGGAGGACAAGAACGUGAAGGAGGCCCUCGACGAACUGCGCGAACUGGCCACCUUCAUCAACAUCAUCGGCUCCUUUCCCGAGGCCUACCCAUGA